AUGCCCAAAAAUAGAAUAAUGAGUUUAACUACACAAAAAAAACAAUUAGGCAAGAAAGUCACUUCUAAACCUACCAACCAAAAAAGAGCCAAAAAAAAAUAUGUAUGCACAGGUUUUGAAGGUUGCAAUAUGGUUUUUACUAGAUCAGAAAAUUUAACAAGGCAUAGAAGAAAACAUACUGGCGAAAAACCAUUUAAAUGUCAUGUAUGCUUGAAGUUUUUUAGUAGAAUUGAUAAUUUAAAACAACAUAUUGAAUCCGUCCAUGGUAAGGAUAUGGUUAUUCAGACAAGAAGAAGACGCAAUGGCAAUAAUGGUAGACAUGAAACAUUUACGAACAUCACUCUAGUUCAUGGUGUUUCUAAACCUUCCACUAUCACUGCCACAUCAACGAAUGCAAUUGAUCUUAAUUCGAUGCCAUCUAGUCACCUUGGCUACAUGCAGUUGCCACCAUCAAAUGAAUACAGACAAAUAAAUGUAAACAAUCCUAUCUAUUCACCCAAUUUAAUGAAAAUGGAUCAAGCUUAUGGCGGAUUUUAUGAAAUUCAAAAUGGCAAUAAUGAAUUACCAACUCCUCCGCCUAGUCAAAUUGCUCAACAUAUUACCUAUACUCAAAAUAGUGUACCUCAUAGCAAUUUCUCUCCACAAGCAUCAUUCUCAUUAUCUCCAAUCAAUCAGAGUCAAUAUGUUGGAUACGAUAAUAUUAAAACAAGAAGAUUGCCAUUACCAAUACAUGCAAACCCCAUAGGUAAUAUCGGUUACGGCGGGGAACCAGCAAGCGUCCACAGACCACUUGAUAAUCAAAUAUUAUAUAAUUACAACCAGCCAGAAUUACCUCCUUCUAACCAAGUGUACGUGCAACAAGAAAGGCCAAUGUCAACGUACCAACCACCACAACAGCAAAGACCCGCUCAAACAAGAUUACCACAACCAUAUACUCAAAAUAGUUCAAUUCAAACAUACCUUCCGUUGAAUAGAGAGUAUCACCAUGACAUAACUAGCAACUCGGAACAUUCGCCAACAUACAGAACAUAUCAAAACUUACCAACCAUGUUACCUUUAGGUAAUCAUAAAAGUUUAAUAAUAUAA